AUGGGAGGCUCCCAAAUCACUAGUCAGAAGGAGCUUGACGUGGAGAAACAGCCCUCUCUCUUGCUGCCCAAUCAGACUCAAAACAAGGAUGGAGAAGAGGCUACUAAAAAGGUUGAAGAAACUUUUCAAACUACCACACAAAAUCAGGCGGUCCCUUUUCCUCAGAAGCUUAUAGCAUCCCAGAAAGACAAAGAGUUCAAUCGGUUCCUAAAAAAGAUCAAAGAAAUCUGCAUAGAAGUACCACUGAUAGAUGCGCUGCACCAAAUGCCGAAAAUUGGUCCUGAGCUCAUACCGAGAGCUUUCUGCGACUUGGGGUCCAACGUCAGCAUACUUUCGUACUCCUUAUGCAAGAAGCUGGGCCUCCAGAACAUAAAAUUAACCACUAUGGCACUGCAAUUAGCGGACCACUCAUGCAGAUACCCGAUGGGAAUAGUGGAAGAUGUGCCAGUUGAAGUGGGUGGGUGUAUAGUUCCCACAGAUUUUAUUAUUUUGGAUAUAGAAGAAGAUCCUAAGAUACCGAUUACCCUUGGAAGACCAUUCCUUGCCACAGCUGGAGCCAUCAUCGACGUAAAAAGUUACAGGCUAUGCUUGAAGAUUGGUAAAGAAAAGAUCGAGUUCGAUUUAUCAAAUUCCUCCAUCUUCAACUCCUCCCCUCAGGGACAUUCUCGCAAGAUCAACAUGCACAAAGUCGAGGAGUGCAAUUUCCAUGAGAAUUCUCCUCCAGCAAACAACACGAAAUACAUUUGUCCUGCACUAGCGAAACUGAAGGUGUAG